AUGUCCAAAGUGAAGCCAGAUGCCGUCGUGGUCGAGCUGAGCCGCGAUCGUAUCAAUAGCCUCUACCCGAUGGCUGAUUCCAAGAGUCUUGGAUGGAAAACUUCAGACUCCUGGGUGCGAAAGCUCAGUAGCGUCCGAUCGUCAGGCUCACUGCAACUGGAUUUGGACACUACGCCUGGUGGCUUUCCAGUUGUUUUACAGACCAGGUCAUUUGACUCUGAGACAGAAGGUCAGCUAGUCAUCCGCCAUGCUGCCGAGGAUAAGGUGGAUGUGGUGAACAUGAGACAACCGCUUGCAAGCCUGAGCCAUAGCCAGUGGCUGGAAAAGGCUUUUCAGAAGCAUCGCUAUCGCAGUGAGACGGUGAAGAUUUGGCCGGCCAUCGAAUUCAUGAUGGCCAUGGCGAAUCAGCUCUUCCCGUUGGCCCAGCGGGCCUUCUACUUGUCUGUGGGCAACCUUUCGCAGAGUGGCGGAGAGUUUGCCGCCGCCGCGCGUGCGGCGCGCCAGCUGCGUUGUCCAAUCAUCUUGGGUGAUGUGGAGAACGAGGACCUCUUUGAUCCGCUGGGCGCUUUAGAGGUGACCCGCGAGGACUCCUGGUGGGUGCGCCUGGGCGGACCUUUGGUGCGUCCCCACACGGGUGGAGUGGACUUGAUCGAGGCCUUAAAACAUGUCUUUGCGGGCACCACCAAGCCUGGAACUGGAGCACGGAUCGGAGCCAUUUACUUGGCCUUGCUGGUCUAUGGCUUCUAUUUGGACGAGAAAGCGAAUGCCAUUCACACGGAUUUCAACUCUGUUGUGCUGCUGCUGUCUGCGAUGAGCGCAACCAAUACACUGGUCGCCGCGACCCUCGUUUUCCUCCUCACGGCCACGCGCGACGAGCUUCUUUUUCGCGCGCUGGCAGAAGCAGCUCGCACAGCGGUGGAGAAGAAAGGCCACGGGACAGUGGUCUUGGUUUGUGGCGUGGCGCAUGUGAUGCACGUGGUGGAAAUGCUGAGACGUGGCAAGCGGCCCCGAUUUGCAGGUGAACGCCUCUCAUUGCUGGAAGAAGCCCUUUCCUCCUCGUCCUACAGGUCCAUGGAGGAGCUGCGGCAUCAGAUUGAGGCCUGGCGCGAGGCGGAGCGCGCGGCCUUUGAUGCGGACCGCUACUACGACUCGCAGCGGACACUGGGAUACACCGAGCACAAUCGUGGGUCUCAGGAGACCUUGACCAGACGCACUUUGCAGCUGUGUUCCUUGCAGACUGAUUCAGUGCCCAACAAGGACUGGAACCUCAAGCUCCCAAGCGCCAUGUCCUUUUUGGAAAGGGAAGCCUCAGCUUCAGUUUACCAGAUGCAGUGCUCGAUCGUUGAAGGGUCAACACCUAACGCCCAUGUUGUUGCGCAGGCAGAGAACAUUCUGGCGGUCGCUUCCUCAGCACGUUGA